UUUUCAUGCAGACCGAGCACAUCUCAGGAAUCAGUAAUGAAAAAUCAUACAUCCAUAACAACAUUCAUCCUCCUGGGACUGACUGAUGACCCACACUUGCAGGUUCUGCUCUUUAUCUUUCUUUUUAUCACUUACAUGUUGAGUGUAACUGGAAAUCUGAUGAUCAUCACACUAACCUUUGUGGAUUCACACCUUAAAACACCCAUGUACUUUUUCCUCCAAAAUUUUUCCUUCUUGGAAGUCUCAUUUAUAACUACUUGUGUUCCCAUGUUUCUUUAUAGCCUAUCAACUGGAGAUAGGACCAUUACUUAUAAUGCAUGUGCUAGCCAAUUAUUUUUUAUUGAUCUUUUUGGGAUAACAGAAUUUUUUCUCCUGGCAACUAUGUCUUAUGACAGAUAUGCGGCCAUUUGUAAGCCUCUGCAUUAUAUGACCAUCAUAAACAGUAGAGUUUGUAUCAUAUUUGUCCUUUGUUGUUGGACAACAGCUUUAAUGCUUAUCCUCCCACCUCUGAGCCUUGGUUUCAAUCUAGAUUUCUGUAACUCAAAUAUCAUUGAUCAUUUUUGCUGUGAUCCGUCACCUAUCCUAAAGAUCUCAUGCUCAGACACCUGGUUAUUGGAGCAGAUUGUUUUAAUUUUUACUGUGAUGGUAUUAAUGACCACCUUGGUUUGUGUAGUUCUAUCCUAUACAUACAUCAUCAGAACCAUUCUCAAAUUCCCGUCUCCUCAACAAAGAAAAAAAGCCUUUUCAACCUGUUCUUCCCAUAUGGUUGUGGUGUUCAUCACCUAUGGCAGCUGUAUUUUUAUUUAUAUGAAACCAUCAGCAAAGGAUGAUGUAGACAUUAACAAAGGUGUGUCAGUGCUCAUGUCAUCUGUUUCUCCCACAUUGAACCCAUUUAUUUACACACUAAGGAACAAACAGGUAAAAGAAGCCUUCAAUGACUUAGUCAAACGGAUUGUGUUUAUCUCAAAAGAAAAAUAG